GGCGAAGAAAAGACAGCACCAAGUGAAAUUCUUGGGAGGAGUUGUGUUUGCUGGAAUUGGAGGUGUGUGUGUGUGUGUGUGUUGUGUGCGGCCGCAGGCACAUCGAAGCACACAAUGGGGGUCGGCAACUUCCAUGUGUUUGAGUUGCUGGCUGGGUGUGUGGGUGUGGUUGGAGCGCUGUUGGUUGUGGGCACGUUCUGGCUCCUGCCAAAGUUCAGGGAGCACCCGGCCGAGCUCAUUCUCUUUGUCUCCAUCUGCGAUCUCUUCCUCUCACUAAAGUUUUUGGUUCGAGGCGCGGCGUGGCUGGCGCCUGGACCAAGCUAUGAGGACGCGCGCUCCUUCCACCUGUUCAAUGACGGCUGCACAUCGUCUAUCGUGUGGUCUGCCGUCUUCGAAACCGCCUCCAUCUCAUGGAACGCCAUUUGGUGUUUGCAUCUCAUGUACCAGACGCGCUUUCCCGACCGCGACGCAUCUGUGCUGGUCAAAUUCUACCACGUGUAUGUCUGGGCGAUGGUGGCCGCCAACAUUGCCAUCCAGCUCACCACCAGCGACCGCGGCACUAGCAGCUCCGCUAACGGGUACCACUACUGCUCCCUGCUUCCUCACACGGUGCACAACACGGCCAUCAUGUUCGAUUUCGUCGUGAGCAUGGCUUCGGUGGGCGUGGCGUUGUGUUCGCUUGUGUACACGUGGAUCCGUCUUGGGUGUGGCGUUUCGAAGGAAGUGCACGCGCUCGCGUUACGCCACUACGCUUUUUGCCUCAUCUUCAUCUUCCUCUGGACUGCUGAGAAAUCAUUUGUGGUCUGGCGCGUGUCAAGCAACUUCCACACAGCUGUCGGCGUGCUGUGGCAGGCACAGGGCUUCUUCGUCGCUCUCAUCAGGUUAUCUGAGCCUGGUCUGCUCCGUGCACUCCUGCGCCGCUUCAGAUGUCGCAAUUCAGGUAUUGGAGAUUACGGGGAUGCAGACAGCAGCGAUGACGACGAUGACGACGACAUGGCAGCGCGCCAGCUUCUGCUCGCGCCGUGGAGUGGUCUGCACAUUUGUGAGCAGUCUGAGCCAACACAGGGCACAUGGGGCGCAUCGUCCAGCAUCCGAGCAGAGCUUGCUGUCACGGAUUCACUUGGACCCGUCAACGCGCGGCGUCCACCGCCAGCGGCACCGAGCAGAUACAAGGGGCCGUCCUCCCCACGCAAGCAGUACUAUGGCGACCUCUAAUGCAACCACAUACACGCACACACGCACGCGCACACACACACACUUCUUCCAUUUCGUUAGGUCCUUUCCUCCCCCCCCCCCCUUGCUGUUUAAAGCUUCUUGUUGUUCAUGCACCACUGCGGCUUGUGUCACUCUCGUUUGGUCGCUGGCUGGUGCCGAUGAUGUACACACUCUUGCCUGCCUUUUUCCUUUGUUCGCCAUUGUGCUUCCUUGUUACGCGACUGCCACCCGCUGUGAACCAUCAAGGUGUGUGUGUGUGUCAUGCACACCACAAUAACAAAACCACGUGCACACA